AUGCUAAUUGAGGUCGGACUUGGGCUCAUUUAUCAGACGAAAGUAAUUACACACUUCAGGUUGAUAAUCUUUUAUGGAGAAGAACAGUUGUGGCACGAUCCCAAACUUGUGGAAGUAACUUUCUUUUUUUACCUGCUACGAGAAUGUAAAAAAAGCAGAGAAGAGCGACAGAUGAUGACGGAACGAAUAAGUGAAAAUAUCAUUUUUGAUUUUCUCCCAAAUUUUGAAACAAAUUGA